AUGGCUACUAACAGCCCGUACCCAGGCGGCACUGUACGCAAUAAUUCGCACCAGUAUCAAUCCACGCGACUGAAACAGAAGCGGAUUCAGGUCGCCAGAGCCUGUAACGCCUGUCGGGUUCAUCGCAUCAAAUGCGACAACAAUUUUCCUUGUUCUAAUUGCAAAGCAAGGAACCGGACUUGUAGUAAUGACGAGAACACGAAAGUAUCAACGCUGUCACAGGCCCAUGGGGAGAUUGGGCGCCUCCAGGUCAGAGUCAAAGAACUAGAAGCUGAGCUUCAGCGAGAGCGCGAGAAUGAACAGCUUACGCCAGCCGAUUCGUAUCUAUCGAUCGCGUCUGCGCUUCCAAGUAUCGAUCAUCGCGAUGAAAAAGAGCCAAAGCAAAGGUACUGGGACGGUGUUAGACUUCGCCCAGGACGCUCACCAAAUGAGACUUGGUUCGGCCCCUCGUCGCUUUAUUAUUAUACCAAUCGCUUGACCAGCAGCAGUGCGCUCCUCGAAAGAACGGCUACUAAUUUUGAUGAUCUGGCUCGUCAUGUCGCGGCAUCAGCAAAUGAUUUGGCAUCGACAGCUGUGUAUCUCACUCCGGUACAGGAGGAGUACUUCAUAAAUAUGUUCUGGGAGACAUACCACACGUCAUUCGUCCCGAUCGUUGACGAAAGGCAGUUCAAGAAGCACUACCAAUCUUUGUGGGUUAGAUCUAGCAAUUUCCGCAAACCGUCAGCACUAGUCGAUAUUAUCCUCGCCAUGUGCAUGCAAGUCGGCAUCUCAGCAUUGCCCAGCGAACGUCAGGGUGCUAUUGCAGAAAACAAUGAUGCCACAAUCGCAGGUCGAUGGCACUAUCGACGAGCUCAAAUGUUGCUCUCGCUAGAAUCCGAAAGUCCUACUAUUGCAACUCUGCAAUGCCAUCUUCUCUGCAUUGCGUAUCUUUGUGGCGGCUCUUUCCACAAUAUGGUAGAUAUUGCCUGUGCCCUGUCCGUACGAACAGCUCAUGCUCUUGGACUUCACCUGGAGGCUCCUGGUACCAUAUCCGAGCAGGAGCGACAGAUGCGGAGGCGCUUGUGGUGGGCGGUCUACCUAGUCGAUAGCAAGAUCGGGAUGAAGCUUGGCCGGCCAUUCUUGCUGAGCGACCAUCACGUUAUGCCUGACCUACCUGGGGAUGACUUAGAUGCCGCCGUGGGUUCCGGAUCAACCUUCGCGCCCAUUGGGAUGAACACCACUUGGCUGAGCUUUAAUCUUCAACAAACUAAGCUUUAUCAAAAUGUACGGACAGCACACGUCUCCUUCUAUGCCAAAGAGCCGGUACUGGAUGACGGGCAGAUGCUGUGGGAUAACGCGCACGCGUUAGAAGACUAUGCGCAGUGUCUGAGCCCACAUACGCGGGACCUUGACGGGUGGGCUGCUGAAGUGCCUAUGGCACUUAGGGUGAAUCGAAAGAAUGGCGGGCUGACAUUGUCCACCGACGGAACCGAACUAGACCUCGAACAGUUUGCACCCAUGUGGCUCCAGCGGCAGCGUGUGCUCUUAGAGCUGACGUACCAUCACCUGUGUGUCGACCUCUAUCGGCCAUUGAUCUCCUUAACCACAGUGUCGACUGUUGGCCUGUUAACCGAAGGCGUCGGUGCAAAGUGCGCCGCGCAUGCGAUAGCUCUGUCAAAAAUAACGCAUCAAGUCCUUUCCUCAACAUCUAUCUUGAAUGGCUGGCAUGAGGCUUUCCAAUGGCAAUGGAGUGCUGCCAUGACGCUCAUUGGAUUCUUGGUUUCGUAUCCACACGGAUCGUUGGCAAGAUCAGCGAGAGAAGCAGUCGACUUAGCAAUCGCAGUGUUUGACAUCUUCGGGGUAGGAUUCGUGGUAGCAGCCAAUGCAGCAAAGAUUGCGAGGGAGCUCAUCAUCAGAGUUGAUUCGCUAACAGAUGCCAAGAUUCAGAACGAUGCGUUUGGAAACCGAGGAACGACCAACAACACGACAGUGGCUAUGGAUAUGGCCAUGAUUGAAUCACAAGCAAUGACUAAUUCGGCGUCUUGGACCGACAGGGCAUUUGACUUCAACGACAUCCAGACUAAUAACGAAGGCUUCGGCACCGACCUGUUUGAUAUGGUUCUCGACGUAGACUUCUGGGCCGACCUUGAUGUACUUUGGCCUAACUGAGUCAACCCUCUGAAGGACCAAGUCUUGGUAGAGAUCAUGGGUGUCUUAACAAUGAAUGAGGAUGAGAUAAAAGCGCGCCUGAUGUGUUGUUUUAGAAACACAGUUGAGAAUGCCCGCAAUGGAUGACUUGACCAAAUAACGCAAUUGACCAAGCAUACAUAGAGAGAGAUAUGACACAUUCAUGUCAGUACUAUAAUAUACCAUAACGUACCCUAAGAAGGGACAUCAU